GCGAUCUUCUACAUCUUCACAUGCUGCGGUUGACUGGCAGCAUUGUGAAGCUGUCACAAUCAUUUCGAUUCCUUAGUGCCUCCGAAUUUCAAAAUCCGAUUGUUUUUACCAGCAGCUGCAUACAGGUGUGAUAUUUACUCAUGUAUUCAUUCAUUCCUUAAGCGCUUGAAGGCAAUCGAACGCUCAUCUAACUCUAUACUGCGCAUCCUUGUCGAUAACGGUGGUUGUUCCGGCUUUCAGUAUAAAUUUGAGUUGACCGAAGAACCCACUCCAAGUGAUCGGUAUGUUUCUCCACAAUCUGAUCAUUGCCAUAGAGUUAUUGAACAAGACGGUGUGCGGGUGAUCGUGGACGAUGUCUCCUUGGGCCUAAUAGAGGGGUCCACCUUGGACUACGAAGAUGAGCUCAUACGCAGUGGCUUUCGAAUUACGAAAAACCCUCAAGCGGAAAAGGGAUGCUCCUGUGGAGUAUCGUUUGCACUGAAAAUGGACUGAAUACCUAUGCACAGCUGUCGUACAAAACUCUUGAUUUCUAGUUGAUACCGUUGUCUUUCCUAUGAAAUAAAACUCCAGACACUCCCUCCCCAUUGUCUCGACCGGUCGUUUCUUCCCUUUUAUAUAGGCGGUUUCUUAUCGUUUUUUUCAGAAUGGUCAAUUCUCCCGUCUAUCCCACCGACUCCCUGUCUUCACCGAAUUCUCAGGGCCUAUCCAGUGCAUCUGUGACCGAACAUUGUUCGCCGGGUACUUCAUCACAAAAUGCCGUUGAUUCACCUAUUCAAGAUGAAUAUGGACAGACCACAGUCCCGUGCGACAUUUCAGCGUCAACUCUCAUCGACCCUGUUGCUGCUACUUCACAACCCACAAACGAGGAAGAUGUACUACGAGACUCUGUUAAAUACAUUACUCCCUUGGAAGCCUUUAUUUCAAUAAGCGAACAAAAUAUACAAAAAGUUGCCGAGAUUUCCCCGGAACACGUUUUAUGCAACAGCUCGUUUGCGGCUAGUGAAUCAGCGGCCGAUGAUUCCCUCUCUCUCCACCCGGAUUCUAUAUUGAACCCUCUUUCAACAGCGGACGAAGUUGAGGAGGAAAUGUAUGAGGAAAUAUAUGAAAAUGUUCCUCCUCCUCCAGAUUGGUUGCGUCAGGCACCCAGGAUCAUUGCGUUUGCGGAAAAGGAGUAUCAUGUUCCCAGGACCAAGGUCCCUUUAGAUAAUUACCUACGUGGCUGUCAGUGGUCUCCGGAUGGUUCAUGUAUCCUCACAAACAGUCGGGACAACAUCCUAAGAAUCUUUAACCUUCCAAACGUCCUACUUGCUCAGGAGACUCCUUCUGUUGACGCCGAAUUGGAAGAAAUGAGUGCAGUUUUAACAAUGCGCGAAAGCGAUUUGGUUUACGAUUAUACUUGGUAUCCAGGCAUGAGUUCAGCGGAUCCGUCAACCUGUUGUCUUGCCAGCACGGCACGCCGAAAUCCCAUUCGAUUAUGGGAUGCCUUCACUGGGACCGUUCGUGCCAUGUACAGACCCAUCAAUCAUAUGGGUGAUGCGAUUUCGGCAUACUCUGUUGCAUUCUCAGCGGACGGUCAACGGUUGUAUGCCGGAUUCAAUCGUUUCAUGCACGUUUUCGAUGUGUCUCGGCCAGGUCGUGACUCCGUAAGGCGGCCAAAACUUGGUCAAAAGUCGCUUCAAGGUGGCAUCAUCUCAUGCAUCGCUGUGCCGCGCACUCCAGAACGCCAGCUCUACGCCACGGGUUCUUACAAUGGUACUGUGACGAUGUUCGCAGAACCAGGCCAUUUGAUUGGUCGCGUGUCAGGCAGCCGAACUGGUGUGACACAAGUGUUACUGGGUAACCGAUUUGCUAAGGAAUCAGGAGCUCCCUGGUAUUUGGCUGCCGGAUGUCGAAUGGACUCUCGGAUAUUCCUCUGGGAUGCUAGACGACUGUCUAAUCCGCUACUUGUUCUACACAGGCGCGUCGAAAAUCACCAGCGGUUUCAGUUCGAUCUAGACCCCACUGGCCAGUACCUUUUCACUGGUUCGCAAACGGGAGUGGUGUGUGUCUAUGAUUUGGUCGAGUGUCUGAAGCAUUCAGAAACAGAUGAAUUUCAUAAGCCUUCCUUGGUCUGGCGAGCCCAUUCCGAUUGCGCCCAUGGUCUUAGUAUUCACCCCUUUCUUCCCGUGGUGGCUACGACUGCUGGACAACGUCGCAUUCGACCUCCUUGGUAUACGGCUAGUACAAAUAAGAAUCAGAGAGCAGCCGGAACUUCUUCUGGGUCUGAUAGCUCAUCGGACACCGACGUUGAAGAGGCUAAUCUUACCGAUGAUGAAGCUUCGUUAUUAGGCAACGAAACCGGUUCAACCACUCCUUCCGAAUCCCUACCGCUUUAUGGACGUUUGACAAGACUCCCUUCUGAAAACCGUCUUUCUCUGUGGUCCUUCCCUCUGAGGGAAAUGCUACUCGAGACAGGGGUCAUGUCACAACUACCUACGGGGAAGAUGCAUACGCAGUCAUUCGGCAAGUCACAUUUAGAACGUAACCAUCGCCCUCCUGGAUCUCCCCUCGGUCAUAGUGGUAUGGUGUACACAUGUCGUAUUCUUGCACGUGAAGCGCAGGGCGUCAGGACACUUCUGUAUGACAUGCUCGAGACCGCCUUAUUGGUGCACAGCUUUUUCGAGCGACUUCAGAUGACUGUCGACCACAUGGCACAAGUGGUCCAUCACGGAUUGUGGGUGCACAGUUCACCCGCUGGUGACCAUGGGGUAAAAGACGAACUUGGGUCAUUGUGA